UAUUAGUACUCCCUCUGCUGACUGCUACACCAUCGUCACUAUUCUCUCAACCAAAAUCCAUGGACUCCUCCUCCGGCCAUUCAACUCCGCCUUCCCACCGCUCCGACCCUCGCCUCCGCCCCAGAUCCUCCUCCCGGCUCGCCCACUCCUUCGACCACCCCAUCGACCCCUCAUCCCCAAUCAAUUCCUCACUCCAAGACCUCCUCCUCCUCUCCCCACCCUCCUCUUUCCACCAUCCCAAACUCCUCCCUCAGCCCUCCCAAGACCUCCCGGAACCCAUCCCCAACGUCAUUCCCCGCAAGAAGAGCAAGAGCUCCAACCAGCUCCCGACAACCUGCGCAUCCCCCCGCAGCGCUCGCCGCGCGCGCAGGCGGCUGGAGAAGGAGAUCAUCAGGGAUGAUAGAGAUUUUGGUUGCGGCAUCGAUGAUGAUGUUGCUAAGCCGAGGAAGCGCAGGCAGAGUACCAAGCCCAAGGUCUCCCGCAAGGAGAGGAUGAUCCUUGUCUCUCCCCCUCCUAUUCCUCCUCCUCCUCCUCCUAUUAGUAUUCCAGUGCCCAGGAUUGUUGAUGAGGAUUGCUGCAGCAGCUUUGAUGGUUUGCUGGAAAUGAUUUUGGAGCUGAUAAUGUGGAAAAAUGUUGCCAAAUCCUCAUUUUGGUUUGGUUUAGGAUCAGUGUUUUUUCUGUCUUCUUGGUUUUCCAGGGAUUUCAGCUUCAGCUUUAUCACCGCCAUUUCUCAUCUGUGUAUCUUGGUUUUGGCCAUUGCCUUCUUCUGUGACUCUUUCUCCCGAAGCAGCAAGCAGAAGAUGAGAGGGGUAUUCAAGCUGACAGAAGAUGAUGUUCUUCGAGUUUCUCGAGUAGUUUUACCACUUGCUAAUGCUGCACUGGUGAAGGCCCAAGGAGUUUUCUCUGGAGAGCCAUUGAUGACUCUCAAAGUGGUACCUGUUUUUAUUUUUGGAGCUAAAUUCGGUCAUCUGAUAACACCAUGGAGGAUUUCUGCAACUGGAUUUUUCCUGCUUUUUACUGUUCCGAAACUCUUGGCUUGUUACUCCCAGCAGAUACAUAAAAAAGCUGAAAAUAUAAGGAACCAUAUCUGUGAAGCAUGGAGGUCUUGCCAGCACAAGAAAUUUGCAGGGGGAUCGGCAGCCAUUCUACUAUGGAAUCUGCUCAGUAUCAAGGCGCGCAUCUUUGUAGCAUUCUUCUCCAUUGUGAUGCUUCGUUAUCACCAUCAACAACUACUCGUUGGAGAAGAUAAGGACAAAAAGGAAAUGCCGGAAGGAGAGCAACAAGAAGCACUAGAGUUGGUGGAAUAGAUAGUAUGCAACUCGAGAAAAUCAACCAAUAAUCAACUAAUAUUUCUGAAAUCUUCUUAAUUACUUUGCGGGAUAUAUUAAUAUGUGAAAAUUGUUGUCAUUGUUUCUUACUAGUUAUCAAGUUCUUUAUGGUGUAUAAUUACAACUCUCUGCAAGCCACGCUAAGCAUAUGUAUUGUUGUCAUUGUUUCUUAUAUGUUAUCAAGUUCUUUAUGGUGUAUAAUUACAACUCUCUGCAAGCCACGCUAAGCAUAUGUAUUGUUGUCA